AUGAUGAUCUACGAGAACUCGCUGAACGAUACCGUCCCGUCCGGACCCAGCUCGCCGCCGGGCAUGACGACAUCGAAAUCCUCCAAGUCGUCGUCGCUCAGCUCGCUUCCCUCGGACGACGACAGCGUACUCGGCGAUGUCGCCCACUUCGAGGACAUUGGGCUAGAUGAUGCCCAGGUCGACCCACGAGAUGUUCCCGACAAGCACCGCAAAACCGCCCCGAACCCCUACAACGCGUCUUUCUCCGAUCCCCGAACCGUGACAAAACGGCCCACGUCCGCCUCGACACCCCGACUACAGUACUCGCGCGAAUCGUCGAGGACCCGCCAGAACCGCGAAUCCGCCCCCGCGUCCAAGUCGCGGCCGACUCUACCAGCUUUGCAGAGCCAAAUUCGGACCACCAAUGGUCGCGUCGCGAGCCUAGGGCUCCUCCCAGAGCCCCACGCGAGCCCUCUUCCAUUCCGCACCCUCGGACGCCAGCCCUCCCAGUCAUCUCUCAGCAAGCGCCGGGUCCCGAGUCCCAGUCUCUCCCUCUCCCCGAAGGACCCAAGCACAGCGAGACCGCGGCGGGGUAGUUGGCAGGCGAACAGAGACCGCAGGACGUCGCUGGAACUAGAGUUGGAGUGCGAUCAGGACGACGGAGACGACAUCCCGGAAGGCCUGGUGCUCGACAACGUCCCCAUCUCUCCGAGACCGCCAUCGGAACGGUCUCACAGCCGGCCCCCGUCCAAGGCACCAUCCCCAGAGCGCCCGACCAAGGAGCGGGUGCGCAGUGUCGGGAAUGGUACGCCAGCGAUUGCUGUGGCGCAGGGAUCGCUUCGGUCGCCAACCUGGAAGUCGGAAUCCGCGCUCUCGACGAUGAGCUCGGCCGCUUCAAGUCGCGUCUCCAGCCCGGUCAUGUCAAGGGCUAAGAGUUGGUCUGCCGCGCUGGCGGAUUUGAACGCUGACGCCAAGUCCCUCACGGAAAGGUUGGAGGAACAUGCCGAGCACUUGGAACACAAGAUGCAGCAGCGGUCAAGCACCGGCUCGAUGCCGCAGAGGAGGUCAUCCGACCCGGAAGUGAAGCCGAGGGUGAAGUCGGCCAUGGCCGAGCUGCCUCCCCUGCGCCGGUCAAAUAUCAUGAUCGACCCCCUGCCCAUCUCCAAGGAAAAAGAGGCGGUCCUCUCGCGCACGCGCCCGUCGUGGCUGCCGCCCAAGGACCCCGCCGAGGAGCGCCGCCACCUGAAGGAGUACCAGAAGAUGAUGGCCCAGAGCAUGGAAGCCGACCGCCGGCGCCAGGCCGCCAAACGCGCCCGCUCCGACUGCCGCGAUGUGGCCGCCGACAGCUUAAUGCAGAUCUGGGAGCACGACAUCCUUCCCCGCUGGAACGUCGCGAUUCGCGAGCGUAGGACCCGCGACCUGUGGUGGCGCGGGAUUGCGCCGCGCAGUCGAGGAGCCGUCUGGUCCCGCGCCAUCGGGAACGACCUCGGCCUCACCAACACAUCCUUCGAGGCCGCGCUGAGCCGUGCGCGCGAAGCCGAGAGGAAGGCGAAAUCGGGACACGGAAGCGUCGAGGACAUGCGCUCGGCCGCCUGGUUCGACGUCAUCAACAAGGACGUCCGGGAGCGUACAUGGCCGGACUUGCGCAUCUUCCAGCCGGGGGCGCCGCUGCACCAGAGCCUGGUCGACGUCCUUAGCGCAUAUGCGAUGUACCGCAGCGACAUCGGAUAUGUGCCAGGUUGCAACACCAUCGCAGCCCUCCUGCUCCUCAACCUCCCGACGCCAACCGACGCCUUCGUCGCGCUCGCAAACGUCCUCAACCGCCCGUUGCCACUCAGCUUCUACGCGUCGGACGCCGGCGCCAAGAACUCGGCCUACAACCUGGUGCUGCACACGCUGCUCCAGAAAUCGCCCGCCCUGCACCAGCACCUCACCAAGCUCGCCGCAGACCGCGACCCGGACGCGUACCUGGAGCCCGUCUUCGCGGGCCUCUUCACGCGGCACCUCGCGCUGGACGAGGCCACGCGCAUGUGGGACGUGUACGUGUUCGAGGGCGACCCGCUGCUGGUGCGCGCCGGCGUCGCCCUGCUGCUGCAGCGCGAGAUGGCCCUCCUCGGCACGCGCUCCGUCGCCGACGUCCAGGCCGUGCUCGGCACGGUCUCCCCCGACGGCUCGUCCCCGCCCAAGAGCCCGCGCGUCGUGGGUGGGAACGGCGAGGACGACCGCUGGAUGACGGCGCUGCGCGAGGCGGGCAAGGCUUGA